AUGUCCACCGACGAGCGUCCCAUGCGGGGACGCCAGGUCGGCCAUAACAGGUGGACGUGGGGCGCCGAGUCCGCGAGCGUCAGGAACGGGACGGACACCAGCAGCUCGUUCUACGACGACGACGAUGACGACGACACGACGGACGAGAUAUACCGAUACGGAGUCGGACCCGCGGGAGACGUCUCGGUGCGCGCGCGCCCGCCCUCCCCGCAUUUCACUUCAUCUUCCCAUUCGAGGCAAAAGAAAGUCUCGGAGGGUGCCCGCUGCCCCGAGGAUGACGAUUACGACGAGGAAGACGGUCGCGGGCCGGGUCCGAGCGGACGAACGAACGGUGCGAGACGCGCGCCCAAACUUCCCUCCCCCCCGCGGGUCUCUCGUCCCAUCGCCCCGAACCCACCGCGCCUUUCUCCGCGGGACGAAACACCCGACUCCCCGCUCCGUCUGACUCAUCCGUCACAUUCAUCACGCGUUCGUUCCCCAGUCUCGAGCGGAUCUUCCAAGGACAGCACCGAGAAGGACUCGCUCGUGGGCGGCGCAGCGGGCAGGGGCGACGGCGGCGCGCCCGUCGUCGUCCCCGAGUCCGAGUGGAACGCCACGAUGGCGGCACUCUUCGGCGUCCCUCCGAGCGGCGGACGGAGGAAGAAGAAGCCGAGGGACGCGUCCGCGGCGGACGCGGCGCGGCGCAUGGAGGCGGCGAAGAAAGCCGCGGCUCGCGACGCGCUGCGUCGCAAGGCUGAGCGCAGGGUGUACAAGCCCGCGAACGCGUGGAUGCUGGGUAAGUUGGCGGCCAUGUACGGGGGAUUCGUCUCGUUGCUCAUCGCGCAGCUCUUUUUCUCGGCGCUGGCGGGGUACGUAAACCCGAACGCGCUAUGGCUGAACGAACGCCAGGACCAAGCGUGGCGGUGCGCCGUGUGCGUCGCGCUGCUGGGCGUGCCCGCGAUGGCGGCGCACCUGUGCGGGUACCUGCUGUUCCCGCCUGUGUGGGGGGAACGGUUUCCCGAUCGCGACCGAGCGCUGGAGGAGCUCGGCGGCCGUCUGUAUUUCAGGUUUCACCACUCGCGAAGACGAGGUGACUCCCCGGGACGGACGAAGAAGGCGGUGGAGGUGUGCGUGGACGUGCUGUCGCGCACGCUGCCCAGCGCGCUGUGGGAGGUGGAGGUUGUCACCGACGACGCGGAUCUGUACGUCGCGUCGAGCAACGUGAGAGAAUUCGUGUACAAACCGGACGCAUCCGGCGACGUCUCCAAACGUCUCCAAACGUCUCCAACGGGGAUCUCUCACCCGCGCGCGUGCGACCUCCUGGCGCACGCCUCGGCGCAGAGCGCGGCGCACUGGGGGGACUGGAUCGUGCACAUGGGAACGGACGCGGUUUUGAACCAGCGCGCCGUCGACUCGGUCGUGUUUCACUGCGCGAGGGAGAGCAGGCUGGUGGCGCUGUCCCCGGGGAAGAGGCCGUGCGCCCGUCGCGGCGCGCAGGGGGCGGCGUACCCGGGCUUAACGCGCACCGCCAACGACGUCCACCACGGCGUGGGUCCCGGCGUCUUCGCGUGGAUUCCCGCCAUGGCGGAGGUUGCUCGAGCGGGCGAGUGCCACGGAUCCAUUCGCGUCGCGUACGGUUUAUCGCAGCGGGUGACGUCGCCCAUACCCGAGUGCUUCGUCGUCGUCCCGCUCGAGCUGGAACAAAGUGUCGGGCACGUCCCCGCGCCCCCUCGGACGGAGAUGACGUCGUUCGCGCUGAGAGCUCAGGCGAGGGGCGCGCGGUUCGCGUGGCUAGACGCUGGGGUACACGUCCCGUCGACUCCCGGUUUGUGGCGGCUCUUCCGCCUUCGCGUCGCGGACUCGGCGGCGAACUACGCGCUCUGGCGCCAACUCUCGUCGAUCGGGACGGAUCGAGUCGGGUCGGAUCGAGUCGGGACGGACCAAAAACGAGAGGGGAACGAGGGGAACGAUGGAGGCGUGACGGUGACUCAGUCUGGAAACAACGGGAUCGACGUCGCGACGCGGUUUUGGUUCGCGACGCAUUGCGUCUCGAGCGCGUUCGCCAAGCUGGCGCCCGCUCUGGUCGUCCUCGGCGCUUGGGCCAAGCGCAUGCCGAGCGGGAGCGAUUCCCUGUACCUCGCCUGCGCGCUCGGUGGCGUGGCGGCGCUGGUGCACUUCCAGUACGCCGUUGGUUUUUACGCAUCGUCGGGGGCGAGGCACCUGGCGAGGGGCGCGCCCGGGUACGUGCUCUACUGGAUACUGUUCGCGUUCACGCUCGCACUCGUCCCGGUUUUCAGCGCCUUUGAGCUCGUCGCGACGGUGACUGGGCUGUUUUGGACCCCGGCCCACACCGCUUCGAGGAGGGUCCGGGGUCCGAAGGAGGCGGGCUCGAAGGAGUCGUCGCCUAGUAGGCCCGGCGACGAGUCGUCGGACGGGUUGCUGGGCAGCGACGGGGAGGUGCGGCGACGCGUGCCGGCGAGGAAGAGGGUUCCCUUCGCGUGGCGGCCCCGGGGCGGGGACUCGAAGGUGCCGAGCGGGGACCUGGAGGCCCCGUUGAUGGACCGGGCCGGGGGCGGGGGCGGUGGCGGGGGCGGGUCCUCCUCCGGCGACGGGACGGACAGCGGGGAGGACGCCGAACGUCUGAGACGCGUCGAGAGGGAGUCAUCAGAGAAGGAACGACGGCGACGGAUGAGCGCAUCAACGACGAGCGGGUUGUCGGGUUCGACGCGGGGUAACAAGCAACGGUGGGGGCUCGGGUCGUCGAAGGCGUCGGCGGCGCCCGUCAAGUCUGGGAACCACCAGGCGUGAGGCGGAGUCUCAACCGCGCGGUAUAUAUACGGUACAUAGGUGAGCGCUUAUUAGGUAACUUUCAAACGAACCAAUCUAAUCACGUG